AUGAGGACUAGCCUUAGCCAGCUGAGGAAAAAUCUUAUUGGAAAGCACUACCUUAUAUCCUCGUUUCGCUACAAAAACUUGGUGGUGUUCACCGAUGGAUCAUUGACAUUCGUUUAUGGCUUAGUAAAUAAUAAUGGAUAUGCGGAGUACACAAAAUCAGUAGAGGUCACAUUCUCUCCACGGCUUCCGGAAGAUGUAGAAAUCACGUCAAUGUCUGCUACCAACGAUGGAUCUCUCAUAGUUCUUUGUGGCUCUAACAGUCUUUUCAUAGUCCGUGUAUCUACUGACUUGUGGGCCUCGAAAUCCGAGAACUAUAUACCUCUCAGCCAUUACGUUUGCGAGCUUGAGCAAGUGCAUCCAACGUUUUUUGAAUCCGUGAGACCUUCCAGAGUGGUGCAAGUGAGAUGGAUUUUAGCUGAUUCAUUCAAUUGUUCUAUGCAUUUUCUUGCUGUACUUUUCGAUGACAGCCGAUUAAGAAUAUAUCGAGCGGAGACUAUUUGCGAUGUGCCAUGCGUUGUUAUUGAUUACUCCAUCUUCAUGUGUGCUACCGACCGAUCUCAUAAUCUCGGUUUCAACUCUUAUGGCUUUUUCAAGUCUAUCGUGUCGUUUGAUUGUAUCACUAUGCGAGAAGAGAAUCCUGUACUGUUCGCCAUCGAUUCUGAAGGAGAACUGUAUGCCACGACGGUGAACGUUAUCGGUAGUGUUCAACCUUUUACGCGACCGCUAGUGCCUCCGUCAUCUUUGCCCUGUGAUCCCGUGGGAAUCCAGGUUGUUGAACAUCCCCUGAACGAUGUAUGUUACUCCCAGCCUGCUCAUUUGUAG